AUGCCAUGCUGGCGGCGAGGCUGGUCCUCGGCCGCGGCGGGCCUACGAUCGUCGGCCUACGAUGUCAUCGUAGUCGGUGGUGGGCAUGCGGGCUGCGAGGCCUGUGCCGCCUCGGCAAGGGUGGGCGCCAGAACGCUCCUCAUCACGCACAAAAUCGACAGCAUCGGCGUCAUGUCGUGCAACCCAUCGAUAGGCGGCAUAGGCAAGGGCCAGUUGGUCCGCGAGAUUGACGCCCUGGACGGCCUGAUGGGCAAGACCAUCGACGUCGCCGGCAUCCAGUUUCGCAUUCUCAAUCGUUCUCGCGGCCCUGCCGUGCACGGCCCGCGAGCCCAGGCCGACCGCGAGCUCUACCGCAAGGCCAUGCGCCACACGCUCGAGUCGACGCCCGGCCUCGACAUCGCCGAGGCCUCCGUGGAGGACCUGCUCCUCUCGCCCGACGGCGCCACCGUCGAAGGCGUGCGCGCGCCCAAGGUCGUCAUCACCACCGGCACCUUCCUGGGCGGCCUCAUCCACCUGGGGCAGAAGCAGUUCACGGCGGGCCGGUUCGGCGACGCGGCGUCGGUGGGCCUCGCCAAGACGCUCCGCGAUGCCGGCUUCCCCACGGGCACGCCGCCGCGGUUGCUGGGUACGACGAUCGACUACUCGAAGCUGGAGGUGCAGGAAGGCGACAAGCCGCCCGUGCCCUUCUCCUUCCUCCACGACAAGGUCGCGCUUGAGGACCAGCAAAGAGUGUGCCACAUGACCUACACCACCGAGCGAACGCAUAAGAUCAUUCGCGACAACAUCCACCUCUGCCCCACCUUCGAAUCAGGACAGGGAAAGGGUCUGGGUCCGCGCUACUGUCCCUCCAUCGAAGUCAAGGUCGAGCGGUUUGCCGACAAAGACCGGCAUCAGGUCUUUCUCGAGCCCGAAGGGCUCGAUACGGACGUCGUUUACCCGAACGGCAUCUCCAUCUCCCUGCCCGAGGACAUUCAGCUCGACAUGGUGCGUAGCAUUCCGGGCCUGGAGAAGGUGCACAUGAUUCGGCCGGGCUAUGCCGUCGAGUACGACUACGUCGACCCGCGGGAGCUGCGACCAACGCUGGAGACGAGGCGCAUAGGCGGCUUGUACUUUGCCGGACAGAUCAACGGCACCACCGGCUAUGAGGAAGCGGCGGCGCAGGGUAUUAUGGCGGGCAUCAACGCUGCGCUGGCGGUCAAGGGCGCGGACCCAUUUAUUCUCGACCGCGCCGACGCCUACAUCGGCGUACUCAUCGACGACCUCGUCACCGUAGGCACCAAGGAGCCCUAUCGAAUGUUCACGUCGCGGGCGGAGUACAGGCUGUCGCUGCGAGUCGACAACGCCGACUUCCGAUUGACGGAGCGCGCGCAGGGCGUGGGCGCCGUAUCGCAGCACCGCUUCGCGCGGUACGAGGCGCGCAAGCAGGAGGUGGACACGCUCAAGUCGGCCCUCCGGGACCACACCGAGGCCGCCCAGGAGUGGGCCCGACGCGGCCUGCCCGCCCCGCGCGACGGCCGCAAACGGAGCGCGUGGGACAUGAUCGCCCACUACAAGGUCACCCUCGCACAGCUCGCUCAGCUCUGGCCGGAGCGCUAUGUGUCGGUUGGCGAAACAACGGCGUGGCACCUGGAGGUCGAGGCUCAGUACAGUGCGUACUUGAAGCAGCAGGAGGCGGAGAUUGCGGCGUUCAAGAAGGAGGAGAGCCUCGUCCUUCCGGCGGACCUCGACUACUCCGAGAUGGCUUCGCUCUCCAUCGAGGAACGACAGAAGCUCGCCGCCGCCCGGCCCACCACUCUCGGAGCGGCGUCGCGCAUACCAGGGAUGACCCCCAACGCGCUGCUCUUCCUCACCCGCUACGCCAAACGCUCGGCGCUGCUCUCCCCAGCGUCGCACCAGCUUCCCUGA